AUUAUUUUAUUUUAUUUUUUUGGGGUUUUCUGUACUUAUUUGUGUGUGUGCGUGAGAAACUCAGGUUGAGAGAGCGGGAACUUUGAGAGAGAGAGAGAGAGAGAGAGAGAGAGAGAGAGAGGGGGAGGAGGGAAAGCUCGAAAACAUGGCAAAAGCUGUUGAGAAAGGAAACGACGACGUUUUGGACAUGCUAUCUGCUCCUGAAGGCUGGAAGAAGACGCUCCUUCCGAAGAAAAGAGGGACACCGAGGCGAAAUGAGAUAGUUUUUGUUUCACCUACAGGUGAAGAGAUUAAGAGCAGAAGACAACUUGACCAGUAUCUUAAGUCUCAUCCUGGAGGACCUUCUAGCUCAGAAUUUGACUGGAGCACAGGUGAAACUCCAAGGCGUUCGAGGAGAAUAAUUGAGAAAUCAAAAGCAACAGAGACACCAGAAAGUGAGACUCCAAGGAAAAGGCAAAAUAUUUCAAGCUCAAAGAAGGGACUGAAAGAUAAAAGAGAUGAUUCUGAUGAGGAAGGUGAGGCUAUUGAAGAAAAACAGGAUACUCUUGUUGGUGAAGAAACUAAAACAAUUGAUGUGGAGAUGAAAGAAGCAGAUGGUUUAGGGGACAAAAGCAAAGUAGAGGUCUACACACAGGAUGCUGCUAUCCCAGUCUCCAGCAAAGACUUGGAGCCAAAACCUGAGGAAAAAGAUGUUGAGAAAGAUGAAAUUGACAUUGAGAAAAGUGAUCAUCAGGGAAAUGAUACUGAGACAACUUCUAACCCAAAGGAAACACACACAGACAUCAACUUGCUGUCAACACCAAGUUUGGAUGCUAAUGAGGAAGGUCAAAAGCAAACAAAAGAGCCUGAAGCUCUCCAGAAAGUUGGAAAUGAGGCAGGUGAUAAGGAAGGAGAAAAGCAAUUAGAAGAGCCUGAAACUCCGUCCAAAGUGGGAAACAAAGGUUUAGAGGGUGACGAGGAAGGGGAGGAGAAGCAAACAGAAGAGCGUGCAGCUCUUUCCAAAGUGGAAAACGACAAGGCUGAUGAAAUAACUAUUUGUGAUGCUUCAAAGAAAAAUGUUGGGAGCAUCUCAAAGGCAGCAUCUGGUCCAGAGAAUGGUGGUGAGGGGAAAGCUGAAAAGCAUUCGAUAGUGCCUGAAGCACCUUCAUCCCUACCGGUUCAUGAAGAAGCAGUAUCUACCGAGAAAGAGGUGAAACCUUUAAAAGAGGCAUUGCCUGAGGCUGAUGCAAACUUAAAAAAGGAGUCUGAUAACAAAGAGGUUUCCACAGGUAAGUCACUUAGUGUUGGAGAAACUAAGGUUAUUAGUGACAUCCCUAAGGAAGGCCAAGAUGGGUCAACACCCUUAGAUAACCAUUCCAGCAGAUCAGGAGGAGACAUCAUCCCAUGAUAUGUAAACUUCUUGAUGAUUCUAGUAUCAGUUAGGAUGUCUUACUGACAGUAAUCUGUUGUUGCAAUUAGAAUUGGAGGAUCUUUUACUGUAUCUACCGGUGCAUAAUCGGGAAUGUUACGAUGUACCUUUUAUUCUACCUUGUGAAACCAAAUUCUUGACUAGACUACCGCUACUUAUUUGAUACGAGCCGGUAUCUUCGCUCUUAUGACUGAUGCAGUUCCUUUGGAUGUUGUCGAACCUUAGCAAAAGAACAAGUUUAUUACUCUCAAGCUCCUAAGCAUUGUAAGCACAUAACUUGAAUGUGGUGCUUACUUUAUUUAUUUAUUAUUAUUAUUAUUUUU